CAGAAAGCUUUUUAAAGCAGGCGGCAAAUAAUCCCCAAACACCACUUCACACGGCGACUUCAAUCUUCGUCCUCGUUUUUACUCCGUCUCCGCCGUCUCCGACCGUUAGAAACAAACAAAAAAUGGUAUUCCUACACAAUCAACUCCCGUCCCGUAAACGACCGCCUUCUUCGUCGUCGUUUUUAUCCCCUCUCCGCCCGUCCAAAAUCCCCCAAUCCACCACCGCUAUCGACAACACCAAAACACCAUCAUCUCCAUCACGCGCACAAAACGACGCCGUCGAAGCAAUUGAUAAAACCGUCUCUAUUCUAGCAGAAGCAGGCUGUACUCUACUAAACCCCUCGGGUCCACCCUGCCUUCCUUCCGAUCAUGUCAAACUCCGCUCCCAUCUCCACCGUCUAUUUUCCAUUUCCGAUAAUGCCCCUGCUCUCCGCUCUGCUUUCCUCGCCGGUUUCACUUCCUACAUCAACAGCUCUCCCGAUAAUCUUCAAAGGGUUUUGGUUUCUUCAAAUAAAUACGGCAGAAAUGAAAGCUUAAUGCGACAGCUAUUACUGGUGCCAUCAAUUCAAUUGGACCUUCAACUUUUACUUCUGGAGAAACUCCCUGAACACUUCAAUUUUGAUUCUGAAUGUUCUCUUGAGAACGACGUGGCGCGUCUCAUUGUUACUCAGUUUCGUUGGCUUGAUUUUAUUGUUCAUUCGAAUGCUUUUAACGAUAAAUUGAUGCAAGUUCUUUCGAUUUGCCCUCCACAUUUGAAAAAAGAGAUCAUCGGAUCGUUACCGGAGAUCAUUGGUGAUAGUAGCAGCAAAACUGUUGUUGAUUCACUUGGACAAUUGCUCCAGGAUGAUUCUUCCAUUAUCGUUUCGGUUCUAGACUGUUUUUCAAAUCUCAAUUUGGAUGAUGUGUUGCAAGAACAGGUUGUCACUAUAGCGAUAUCCUACAUUCGAACAAUUGACGGGGAAUACAUGCCUCACUUGCUUAGAUUUUUACUACUUUCAGCGACACCUCAAAAUGUUCGAAGAAUUAUAUCACAGAUUCGUCACCAGUUAAAGUUUAUAGGAUUGUCGUCGAAUUCUCAUGCUACCCAGAAUCAAAAACUUAAAGGAAAAUCACUCGUGGAAAAUACUGACGCGUAUGUUCUUGAUGCUUUGAGAACUAGUCUAUUGUUUAAGAAUAUGCUACGUCAAGAGAUCUUGAAAGAAUUGAUUAGCCUUGAGAAACCUCAAGAUCAUAAGAUAAUAGAUUUGUGGCUCCUUGUGCUGAUAUAUAUGAAUGGAGAUUCCAUGCAAAAGAGCAUCGAGAAGAUUUUUAAGAAGAAGGUUGUUGAUGAUUGUAUUACAAAAGUUAUGAUUGACCGGUGCAUUUAUGGGAACAAGGAUUUAGUACAGGAUUAUUUUCCAUUGUUUCUUUCUCUAUCCGAGUAUUUACUGGCCUGUAGAGAACACAAGGCUAGGGAGUUUGGUAUUCACAUUUUUACAUGUUUGUUCAAAGAGUUUGACAGUACUUACUAUAGACACGAAGUUCUUGGUGCACUUGUAACUCAUGUUGGAUCUGGUGUUAGCUUUGAAGUGAAUUCUGCUUUGGAAGCCUUGUCUUUACUGGUCGCUAAACAUGACCAAGAAUUAAUUCCUUACUCUACUCAUAUAAAUGGUAUACUGGAUUACUUGGAGGGAUUUAGCAUUGAAAACAUACAUAAGGUUUAUGAAGUUUUCAGCCAACUGGCAAUGAUAGCUCGAUCUAGCAAAGAAUGUUUUGGAUCUUCCUUUGUAAAUGAACUGUUGAUUAUAGUGAAGAAACAGGUCAACCAUCCAGAUAUGAAGUACAAAAAGAUGGGUCUAAUUGGAACACUAAAAAUAGUCUCUUGUCUUCAGAAAACCAGCUGUGAGGAGGCUUUGGAACUCUUAAGAACAUCUCUGGAGUCUUGCAAACAUUUGCAUUUACCGUUGGCACUUUUUUAUGAUGAAUUGACAGAAAUGCUGCAACAUAAACAACUUGAGCCCGCAAUUAUGGAAUGGAUUGCCAGACAUGCUGGAGAAUUUGAAUCCUUAUAUUUAUCUGAUCUUGAUAGUGGUCAACUAUGUGGUGCAGAUUUACAUGGAGGAUUAGAAGGGGAAUUAUGGAUGAACCUAGAUGGCAGCAUAUCUCCCAUAUGUUUGAGUAUCCUUCCAUUGGCUUCCUCUUUCUUGCAGUCUAUGUCUACUUUACAGAUUCUCCCUGCUCACUUUCUUUUACUUUCAUCUGUGGAGAGGUUGUCAAACGAAGGUUCUCUUGGUGGAAUUGAUGCAUUACUAGGCUGUCCUUUACACCUUCCCUCUUUUAAGUAUCUAUCUGAAUCAGGACGAAAGACACUGACAACAAAGCAGAAAGAGAUUGUGUGCCUCUCUCUUUAUUAUGCAACUAAUUGGAUCAGAGAAUUGCUUAAUGCUUUUUGUACACAAGUUGCACAAGGAAUUGAAUGCAUAAGCCAAGCUACAAAGGAGGACAUAAUAGCCAAAUUAAUGAAGCGUAUGAGGAACCUAAUAUUUCUGGAAAGUUCAUUGAAUAAUUUCAUUCAAUUCUAUCCUAUGUGUCUACCAGAGCUCUGCCUUCAUGUGCAGCGUUCUGGAACGUUAUCCUUAGAUCAUGCUAACAGUCCGGUUCAUGUUGAAAACAAGAAUGAGCAAAGGAAAGUAAAUGAUAACACAUCUCAGGACAAUAAAUUUAGGAAGAUCUUAAAGUCAUCAAGUUCAGAUAUGAAUGGAAAUCUCCACCAACCAACACUAUUUGAUGUGUUGAGGAGGGGGGGAGCUAAAACCAGUCAACAGGCCUUACAUGAGGAUUCUUCUGAUAAAUCGUUGAAACCAACCAUUUCAUCAGAAGAAAGUUCCUUUGAUUCUGCUGCACCACUAGUUCUUGAAGUCCCGGCAGCUACCAAGGCUCUUGAUGGACAGAGAUUCAAAUUCAGGCCUCUCCUGAUUCAAUGCUUCUCCCUUUUGGAAUUUUCUAAGUUGCAGAAAAGAGACUCCUGUUGCUCAGAUCCUGCAGCUGAGUUAUCCCUUUAUCUGUACCUUUUGCGCGACCUGCACAAUAAGCUGGAUUACUUUACUCUUGGAAGAAAAAUUAUGUCCAAAUGCAUGGGACCUACUUUUGGCUUCAGCGGAAUGCCACUAGAAAAAUUCUUGAGCAAAGUUACACCACUUCUCCCACAUCUCAGGAGGCAUUUCGAAUGUGCAGUUUCUUUUCUUAAAGAAGAUGGUAUAGAAACUUGUGAAGAACAUUGGAAUGUGCAUUCUGCAUCUGCUGGCAAUCCAGAUACUGCGAACAUUUUGUUUUCAAAAUCUUCAGUUUCCAUCUCAGUAUCUAAAGAGGUACUUUGUUGUUUCAGAAAGAUGCUAAACCUUCCUGAAAGUCAAAUGGAAAAGAAAGUUUUGACAGAUCUACUUGAAGCGUUUCAACCCUGCAAAAUACCUGAAACUGUACUUUCUUCCAUUCAACCUAGCUCUUUACCUGGGACACUCGAAUAUUUAUAUCUGGGCGCUUCAUCAUUUUUUGAAGAUGUAUUGAACACAGCAUUGUCAUUCUCCUUUACAUUAGCUUCAGAAUGUAUUCUUACUCUAGAAUCAAUUGUUAUCUCGGUUCACAAUUUCCUUGAUAAGAUGGAGGGGACUGGUAAAAGCACAAGCUCAAUAUCCAUUCAGAAAAUACUUCCAACUUUGCAUAGAAGACUUGGGACUUCUGCCCAUAAGCUUUUAAGUCAUAACUGGGAUGAUGAAAAUCUUGAGAAUGGUUGGAAAAGCAAAGGAGAAAUUAUGCAAAAAAUGCUGCGUAUUUACUUGGAGAAUAAUGACUCUCAAUCAGAUUUGUUGGAUGAGCUGGCUGGCUCCGUUUUAACUCAGGCCUCUUCAUCUAGAACUGUAACAGAGGAAGAUUAUCAUGGUUUUGGGACUCUCUGCAAUGAAACAUUUGUUGUGUGGUAUCGGGUUCUGCAUGAAGUGAAUCUUGCCACUCUUAACAAUAGGGUCAAGGAUGCCAUCAUCAAUAAACCUAGAGCUGACAUUCAGUUUGAAAUUGUUGAAAAGCAUUUAAUCGAAAUACGAAGAACGGUGAAUGUGGUGGUAUCAUUAAUUAAUAUGUGCAGGACUAAUAACAAGGUAACUGUACAUGCCAUGGCUGUCAAAUAUGGUGGGAAGUUUGUUGAUUCAUUCCUCAAAGUGUUUGACUUCUUGCAGAGCCACUUUCAAACUCACAAUGAGCUCGUAAUCGAAUUGGUGAAGGAGCUUCAAAAGGCUACAAGGACAAUGCAAACCUUAUGCUCUGAAGCCAAGGUGUCGAAACAAAUUACUAUAACCAGCAAAAUUCCUUCGACAAAGCGAGCUGUGGAACGCUUUUUGUUUCAUGUAAAGGCUCUUCUUCAUACAGCACCAAAUGCGCCUACUUUCUGGAUGGGAAAUUUAAAGCACAAAGAUUUAACGGGUCAGGUGAUAGGCUCCCAAGUGUAUGUUGAUGAUGAUCAAAGUGAUGAAAGUUUAGCAGAUAAUGAUCAACCUAGUAGUAUUCCGAACGUCCUUUGAUCUCCUAAGCAUAUUGUAUGCUCAGCUUCAGUGUUUUAUUUCGAUUCUGUAUAUAGUUUCUUGGCAUACCUUGAAUACAUAUUUUCUCAUUCUUUUACUGCUUAUAGGCACAAAUUAUGUAGUCAUGAAGGUAGAAGUCAUUUUUACUUUGUAUCCAGUACCAGACGUUGAUAAUUCAUAGGUCAGUAUUUGUUUUUUGAUAAUUGGGGAGGGUGGAACGCUUGUGGGAGGAAUUGAAUUCACGACUAGCAGUUUGCUGUCUAGCGUUUAUACCAUUUGAGCUAUAGCUCUUAACUAUUUCUAUUUUACUCUAAUGUCAACUUAGACAUUUCACGAACGUA